AUGGGGUCUGGAGCUCUCCACUUCCAUGUUGUAGAACAGACAGUGUCUCCAGCCACCUCUGAGAAGUUGUCCUUUGGUAGAACCCUCUAUAUUAGCUGGGAACGGGAGCUCCACAAAAACACAUCUUACCGCUCUGAUGAUAUUGUUUGGCAUGAAAAAGAAGAAUCUGACAAAUGGUUGUCCAAAAACAAAAAACUCUACAAGAAUAAUAAGCUAAGCGAUAUUAUAGCUAUACUCUCUCUCUCUCCACUGCAGACACUGAGCCCAGAGCAGCUUGAUCUCCUGAUACAGAACACCUCCUCCAUGAAUCCACUAUGGCUGUCCUUAGCAUGUGAGGAGUUACGUGUAUUUGGAGUAUUUGAAACGCUCACCAAGAAGAUUGCAGGAUUCCCUAACACGCUGCAAGGGCUGCUGGGAAGCAUCAUUCAGAGACUGGUGCUGGAAGACCAGGUGGACAAGGUCAAAGAGCUGUUGUGUCUGCUUUAUUGUUGCCCAGAGGGUGUUGCAGAGAGAGAUCUUCGGGGAGCACUGUCUGAGUUAGAAGGCGGUGCACAAUUACCCUCUAUGCACUGGGCUACACUGCGCAGAACUCUUAGCUGUUUGCUGCGAGUUGGAAGGGACCAUCGAGGCAGAGACACCCUGGGCUUCUUUCAUGGCAGUGUUGCUAAGGCAGUGGAGCAGUGUUUUCUAGGAUCAGAAGGUGCCCGGCAGCCGUAUCUCUGUAGCCUGGCUGAUUAUUAUGAGAGCCGUUGUACUGAUGACUUCUCUGUGGUACUCCAGGUGCCAAGACUGCUGCGUGAAGCUAAACUACAUGCUCGUCUGGUUCAAUUUUUGAGAAAAGAUAGACGUGCCCUGAGCAUCCCAGCUCACACGCGUGUCCAGUAUUUGAAGGUAACGGUAUAA